GAGGGUGGCGCACAGGUCGCGAGGCUUUUCCGCCUCACGUUUCCCUCCCCGCCUGCGCGCCCACCCCAGCUAUCAUGGCGGCUCCCUUGGCUCUGGUGCUGGUAGUGGCCGUGACCGUGCGGGCGGCCUUGUUCCGCUCCAGUCUGGCUGAAUUCAUUUCCGAACGGGUGGAGGUGGUGUCCCCACUGAGUUCUUGGAAGAGAGUGGUUGAAGGCCUUUCACUGUUGGACUUGGGAGUGUCUCCGUAUUCUGGAGCAGUAUUUCAUGAAACUCCAUUAAUAAUAUACCUCUUUCAUUUCCUGAUUGACUAUGCUGAAUUGGUAUUUAUGGUAACUGAUGCACUCACUGCCAUUGCCCUGUAUUUUGCAAUCCAAGACUUCAAUAAAGUUGUGUUUAAAAAGCAGAAACUCCUCCUAGAACUAGACCAGUAUGCCCCAGAUGUGGCCGAACUCAUCCGAACCCCUAUGGAAAUGCGUUACAUCCCUCUGAAAGUGGCCCUGUUCUAUCUCUUAAAUCCCUACACGGUCUUGUCUUGUGUUGCCAAGUCUACCUGUGCCAUCAAUAACACCCUCAUUGCCUUCUUCAUUUUGACCACGAUAAAAGGUAGUGCCUUCCUCAGUGCUAUUUUUCUUGCCUUAGCAACAUACCAGUCUCUGUACCCACUCACCUUGUUUGUUCCAGGACUCCUCUAUCUCCUCCAGCGGCAGUAUAUACCUGUGAAAGUGAAGAGCAAAGCUUUCUGGAUCUUCUCUUGGGAGUAUGCCAUGAUGUACGUGGGAAGCCUAGUGGUAAUCAUUUGCCUCUCCUUCUUCCUUCUCAGCUCCUGGGACUUCAUCCCUGCAGUGUAUGGCUUCAUACUUUCUGUUCCAGAUCUCACUCCAAACAUCGGUCUUUUCUGGUACUUCUUCGCGGAGAUGUUUGAGCACUUCAGCCUCUUCUUUGUAUGUGUGUUUCAGAUCAACGUCUUCUUCUACACCAUUCCCUUAGCCAUAAAGCUAAAGGAGCACCCUGUCUUCUUCAUGUUCAUUCAGAUUGCCAUCAUCUCCAUCUUCAAGUCCUACCCAACAGUGGGGGACGUGGCCCUCUACAUGGCCUUCUUCCCUGUGUGGAACCAUCUCUACAGAUAUCCUGCUCAUCUCCGAUUACUUCUAUGCCUUCCUGCGGCGGGAGUACUACCUCACACAUGGUCUCUACUUGACUGCCAAGGACGGCACGGAGGCCAUGCUUGUGCUCAAGUAGGCCUGGCUGGGCACAGGGCUGCAUGGACUUCAGGGGGUGGAAGGGCCAGAAGCUGGGCCAAGCCCCCUAGCCAGAGUUGCCAGCAGAGGAGGCCUCCGGCAGAUGAGGUUCGAGUCCAGGGUUACAAGUCUCUGGCACCAGAGAGGAGCCAUGGCUGGCAGCAAGGCCAAUGGGGAAUAGCCAGGAGCUCCUCCACUUGGACCCCCACUUUGUGGUUCUGCACACCGGGGAGCCCCCUCCGAGGCUCAAAAGGGGAAGAAGCAGGUGAGCAGGGUUUGUUAGGUUGUGACUACUUAAUAAAUGGUUUUUUGUUACAAAGAAAUCGAUCCUGGGCCCACACUGCACUCCUGGAAGGGGUGGGCUUGGCCCCUAACACCACCGUGGUAUACUACAGGUAUACUACAUACUGGUGUGGGUUUCUAGAAUGAGCCCCAAGUCCACAACACACAAGUUUGUGCCCUGGCCAGCUGAGACUGCUGUAGGGCAGCCUACUUCCACCCCACCCGCCAGCAGCUCCCACCCCCCCCAUUCCCCAAGCAGCUGGAGGCAAAGGGCCAGG